AUCGGUGAUAGGCCAAUUAGAUUUUCUUUAAAUGAGUUUGCGGAGAUAACAAGCUUAAAUUGUGAUGCAUUUGACCCUUUAGACAACUUUGAUGUUGAUCACCAUGAUUUCUGGAAAGAAAUGAAAAUACCAACAACCCUUGAUGGUCCUAUGUGGAGUGAGUUGCUAAAGGUGAUGGAUUUUAGCAAAACAUGGCAUGUUGAUAAGAGGAUGAUGGUUGGUAGGUUAUGUCUAUUGUCAGUAUGCGUACAUGGAAUUCAUCAUACAUCUAGAAUCCCAUUGGCGACCGCUAAGAGAGUUUUAGAUCCAGUUGCUUUUGAAAAACAUCCAUGGGGUCGGGUGGCUUUUAGUAGUCUAGUGAAUUCUGUUAAGAUUGUAGACUAUGAUAGAGAUUCAUACACCAUACAUGGGUGUGUUCAUGCUAUGUUGAUUUGGCUAUAUGAGAGUGUUGCUGGUAUAGGAGAAAGUUAUGGGUUUAGAAGGACAGAGACGACUGGUGUUCCACUUCUUGAUUGGCGAUCAUCUCGAAAACGUAUCAACUUCACAAACUUCAUCAAAAAAGAGAAGGAUUUGCACCGACAGGUUCGUGUUAGGCAUAUGGUUCAUGUUUCAGAGGAAAACAUGUAUCCUCUAUGGUUGGACGCAGAUGAGCAUACGGAUCCACACCUAGACGAGCUACUUAAAGAUCUCAUUCAUAACCGUUUCUCUCUAGAUGCUUGGAGUUGUGUCAAAACAGUUGGUAUAAGUUCAAAAAAGAAGAAAAGAAGAGUUGAAGCUGCUAAGGAGAAUGACGACAGAGGGUACAAUCCUAAGAAAAAGAGAUUGACAGAUAGUGAUCCCAAAUAUGAAGAAGGAGAAAAUUUAACAAACAUGGAGGAUGCCAAGGAUGAGAAGUCAAUUUCUUUUGAUAUUUGGAAGGCGAUUGAGAAAAUGAAUGAGACUAUUUCUGACAUGGGCAAAACCAUCAACAGUCGAAUAGAUGCUUUGGAGAGCAAAUUUGAAACAUUUGUUGAGAAAAAAAUGAAUGUGUUAGAAGAGAAGAUGAGUGAGAGAAUUAAAGCAGUGGAGAAAGAAAGAAAAGAGCCAAAAGACGCUGAUGUACCAAAUGAUGCCACUUCGCACACCAUUGAAGAUGAUGAGGGAACAAGUAAAGCACCAUCAUGGAUGGUUGAGAUGAAGCAGACAUCACAUGAUGAAUUUCCAGUUCAAAGGGUGGUGAGGAAGGUGUACACUGUCAAAAAUAAUAAGAAGAAGGAAGAAGAUGAGAUAUCAGAGAAUCUUCCACUCUUUGAGAUGAAGGAAUCUGUUAAGGUUGAGAAGAAGGAAUCUGUUAAGGUUGAGAAGAAGAACACUUCCAAGAAAAAGAAGAUACAUGGUUUUAGCUAUGACGAUGUUGAAGAUAUUACUACCCAAGUUCAGAAGGCUAAAUUGAAAAUAGCUUCCAGUUCUGAAGAGACUUGGUCGAACCAGGAGGAUCAGUUGGCUAGUAAAAAACUUGAGGUGACACUAAAAAGCCUUGGAGAUGCUUUAACAAAGUUUGAUGAACCUGGACCUUCAAAGCAGCCAAGACGCAUCCCACAAUUGGCUGAAUCGCAGAAGUAUCCUUACCUUGGUAACUCAACAGUCAAGCGGAUCAUUACAGAGGGUGAUACUGUGUUAUGUGAUCAUCUUAAGCCUGCAGAUGAUGAGAAACAUCAGAGACUUAUGGAUUUCCUCAGCCUUGAUAAGGAGGAACCACUUAGCACCAGCAACGCAGCUGUGAGAUUCUAUGGGAAAAUUAUGACUCCAAGGAAACAUUGGCCAAGCAAUGACUAUGGAUGGUUGACAGACCAUCACAUGGGUUGUGCAAUGGCUAUGUUCCGGAGAAGAUAUAUGCGUGAGACUUGUCCCAAACAACGCAUUGCCUUCUUAGAUCAAGAUCUGAUCACAACAUUGCGGAAUGACUACAAACAGUUUGAUAUGGGGCCUAAGAAUUUCGUGUUUAGGGAUUCCUAUGUGAAACACGUUUAUGGUGAAUUUCCUGAGGAGUCAGCUACGCACAAGAAGUGGUGGAUUGAUGUGGAUAACUUAUACGCUUGUCUCUUUGUCAAUGAAAACCAUUGGGUGGCUUUGGAUAUUGACUUGCCGGGUAAUAAGAUUCACAUCUAUGAUAGCAUCCCAAACAUGGUGAGUGAUGAUCAAAUGGCUCUUGAAUGUUUGUUUUUAAGGCGAAUGAUCCCAGCGAUGUUAAGUGACAUGAUUCCUGAGACGAUCCGUAAGAAGAGUAAACGUAUGUUGGAAUUGAGAAGGGUGAAGAAGAAUGUCCCUCGAAAUGAAAAUCCGGGUGAUUGUGGUAUGUACGCUCUAAAAUAUAUUGAAUGUUUAGCUCUUGGGAAAGCAUUUGAUGGACUUUGCGAUGAGAACAUGUUGUCUCUUCGGAUUAAGCUUGCAGCGGAGUUAUAUGAUGAAGUCGGAGAACUAGCCAUACCACCUAAUAUGUUUGAUUCAUAUCCUAGAGCUAAAGAUAUUAAAAUCCCUUCCCUCGUUGAUGAGUCCUUGUAG